UCACCUCAGCCUCCCCUCGGGCAGCCGUCACCGAGGGCCUGGAUGCUGCCGGAGCAGCAGCAGGAGGAAGCCGGCCCAAGCGGGAGGAGGAAGGAAGCGGCUCGUCUGCGGGUUGCACCAGGGCUGAAUCACCACCGCUGCUCCUCCGGUGUUCCCGGGGCCGGGAUUGCCGCGUCCCGGCCGGACAAUCCCGCCGCUUCCCAUGUUAAACUCCGCACGGUUGGGGAGUGCCCGGACCCCUGGCGCACCGCGACCUGUGCGAGGCCUCCACAGCCCCCAAGGGCUCCGCACGUCCUCCCGGCUGCGCCUUGUCACCAACCUGCCCCAGCACACCUCCAGGUCCUGCCUCCAGCGCAGGAGCACGGACCGAGCCCUGCGGAACCCGCCAGUGACGGGCACCAGGCUGGUGUCACCCCAUCAACCAGCGCCCCUGGCACCCAGCUCACCCAGCAGCUCCGGGCUGGACACUCCAGCCACAGGCAGCACCCAAAGCUUUGCCGAAAUCCCCCCAAAACACCAUAUCUAUGGGAUUUCCUUCCUCAGCUCGGUGGUGACUUCGUCACCAAAGGGAGUCAAGGUGGGUAAUGGGACCUGGUGAGCCUGCGCCUUGUUGCAAUCGCUCC